AUGGCUGACCGGUCCAUGGGCCACGAAAAUGCGGAGAUGGCACAGGCAGUUGCUGCAGCAUUGCAUGCAGCUGGAGCACGUCGGAUGAAAGCGAAGGCAGCAUCCAUGGCAGCCCAACCUCCGGAAUUGCUCGUUCAACCGAAGAGAAAGAAAGAGGUGAUCGUGAAGGAUGCCAACCCUACUGGUGAAAAGGUGACGCCAGAUCCAAAGCUUCAAAAGACAGAGACAUCGGAGACACUGUCAAGUUCGGUGUCAAAGUCCAGCGACGAGACACUGGUGCAGAAUCUCAUGGACCGUUUGGACGCUGUUGCAGGUGAAAUAGUCGAGGUCCAUGACACCCAGGAUGCAUUGGACCCUACACUCGUGCUGGACAGCCAGCCUGACCCUCUGGAUAGCUUUUGGAAUUCUACUGAGGCGCCCGAGUCUUUGAGCACGUUAAAGUCGACGGAAUCGACCUUGACCUUGCCCUACUCACCUGGAACUAUGGACGGCAUUGCUGCUAGCAUGAUGACUACGGAAGCGCAGAAGGCAGUGCUGGCAUCUGUACUGACAGAGCAGGCGCUGCCUGCCAGUUGCCUCCACCGUUCAGUUCCCCUUGCAACCCCUUCAGAGCCCCUGGCGCAAACAGCAGCAAAACCCACAGAAGGUGAGGUGAUUCCAGUUGCGACGCCAACCCGUGCGAUGAUCGAGUACUGGGCACGGUUUCGAGUUGAGAAGAAACAUGUGACCCCGGCGGCUGUGUUGAACACCCCAUCACCAGGAAGCCAGCCUCACCAACACCCAACCCAAGUUUCCCAACAGGGGACAUCACUUCAAGCCGGCCCUGGACUGCAGACAACCCCAGCUCCAACGCCAGCGCCUGACGCCCUGCAGGAGACAUCUGUUGACCCAGUCCGGCCGCCAGCAGCAGACAUUGCAAUGGAGUCUCAGCCAACCCUGACCCCGUCACCCCAGCCUUUCGACCCAAUUCCAGCAUCAGCAGCAGACAUUGCCCAGCCAACAGGCAUCCCACCUCCAGCGCCAGCAGCAGACAUUGCAAUGGAGCCUCACCCAACCCUGCCAGGCACACAGAGGACAUCCCAGCCUCAUGACCCAACCCCAGCGGCAGACAUUGCCCAGCCAACAGGCAUCCCAACUCCAGUGCCAGCAGCAGAGCCUCAGCCAACCCUGGCAGGCCAGCGCAGGACAUCCCAGCCUCAUGACCCAACCCCAGCGCCAACAGGCAUCCCAGCUCCAGCGCCAGCAGCAGAGCCUCAGCCAACCCUGGCAGGCCAGCAGGGGACAUCCCAGCCUCAUGAAGCGUCAGCAGCAGACAUUGCCCACCCAACAGGCAUCCCAGCUCCAGUGCCAGGAGCAGACAUUGCAAUGGAGAUUCAGCCAACCCUGGCAGGCACGCAGGGGUCAUCGCAGCCUGAUGACACCAUCCCAACGUCAGCAGCAGACAUUGCCCAGCCAAGAGGCAUUCCACCUCCAGCACCAGCAGCAGACAUUGCAAUGGAGCCUCAGCCAACCCUGCAGGGGACACCAUCCCAGCCUGAUGACCCAGUCCCAGCAGGGGACAGCACCAUGAAGCCAGUCCCAGCCCCAGCCGCAAACAUUGCGCCACUCCAGCAGCAGGAGACAGCCCAGACACUGCAGUCAGCAACUUCUGCAAGCAGUCCAGCCCAAGCUCCAGCCCCACCUGACCACUCACUGCAAACACCAGUUCAGCCAGCAGCCGCUGCACCAGUGACGGAUUUGGUCAAUGCAGCUCUUACGACACCGGCUCCGGCACCCAAGCCUGCUGCAGCUGCAGAUGACCAUGUCAAGCAGCCUGCAACGAACCAGGAGGAGGCUGUUGUGGACUCUAAGAAGGCCGAGCGAUACAGGAAGAUUCGGGCUGCGAAAGCAAAGUUUCACAGGUCUGUGCGCUGUGCGUCCUGCCCGGAACCAGUGAAGGCAAAGUUGCGAGCAAUGGCUGGCAGUAGAGACCAAUUGGAGUGGGACAAGUUCUAUGACGAAUAUGUGAAUUGUGGGGGAAAGUGGGCCAACUCUGAGCUGGUCAUGAACUCUUCUUCGACCUCUUCACACGAGAGACGUGGGAGAUGGAAGACCAUGAGUCGAACCGCACUGCUGGCAAAGUACCAAGAUGAAGUCAUCGUGGAUGAAAUCAUAGCCCGCAAAACUGAGCAGGGUCUGUGGAUUGCAAACGCAGACCUACCAGACAACGAGGCCUUGCGGGAGUAUUGGUGCUGGGAUGGUCUGCAAGAGACAGACCGAAACACAAGGGCAAACACUGUGAGUACGACGUCCACUGGCCACCUUGAUGGAGCCACCGCUGCAAUGUUGCAGAAGCAACCUCUGGCUGCGAAUGAAGUUCGCGGCCAUUUGACAACUGGGGGGGGGGCGUGCUCCUGCGCCUCCUGCAUCCCCAAAGCCGAAACCAAAGCCAAAGCCUGCCCCCAGAGACCCCAAGGUCCCCAAGGCAAAGACUGCUACCCAGCAGGCAAACAAGGCGAUGAAGGAUGCAUCGGAUGCGAUCCUUGA